AUGUAUCGCGUUCCGGCGAGCUGUCCUGACACGACGUAUCGCCGUCCGCCGAGCGCGCCUGUUACCUGCCUCCUCACUAUUGUGAGACUGACUCUGACUCUAGACUUUGACACGACGUAUCGCCGUCCGCUGACCGGGAUUGGACCUCUGGUGCAUAGAAAUUUAUUACAAGCAAAAACCCUCGACGCUAUGUAUUUCCGUCCGUCGAGCGAGAUUCGGAAUGUUGGCAUGAUUUAA